CGAAAAGGGCAAAGCCUUCGGAAAUAGAAACAAAGUUGGUCACAAAUCACAUUGGCUUUGCCCGAAGUUUUUUUCACCUUCUUGAGCAUGCGACCAUGGGGCGAGUGACCACUACUGUCGCGGGGGGCAGCCGCGGUGGUGCGGUGCGGAGGGAAGGGCUGUAGCUUCUGCCAUGGGACCUGUUGAAAGCACCGAGGGCCCCAGUCUGCUGCACCCGAAGGAGAGCCCGGCCGAGACGGAUGGCUGCGACAGAGCCAGCGGCGGCCGGCAUCCUCCCCGGGCCAGAGGGUGCGGCAUGUUUACUCUCCUGUCAUCGGUCACGGCAGCUGUCAGUGGCCUCCUGGUGGGUUAUGAACUUGGGAUCAUCUCCGGAGCUCUUCUUCAGCUAAGAACCUUGUUAGUCCUGACCUGCCAGGAGCAGGAAAUGGUUGUGAGCUCCCUCCUCAUCGGGGCCUUACUCACCUCUCUCACGGGAGGGGUCCUCAUUGACAGGUAUGGAAGAAGGGCUGCCAUCAUCUUGUCGUCCUGCCUACUUGGACUUGGAAGCCUAGUCUUGAUACUCAGUUUAUCUUACACGGUUCUUAUAGUGGGACGCAUUGCGAUAGGGGUUUCCAUUGCACUCUCUUCAAUUGCCACUUGUGUUUACAUCGCCGAGAUUGCCCCCCAGCACAGACGGGGUCUUCUGGUGUCACUGAAUGAGCUGAUGAUUGUCAUUGGCAUUCUUUUGGCCUACAUUUCAAAUUAUGCAUUUGCCAAUGUUGCCCAUGGCUGGAAGUACAUGUUCGGCCUUGUUAUUCCCUUGGGAGUUUUGCAAGCGAUUGGAAUGUAUUUUCUUCCUCCAAGUCCCCGGUUUCUGGUGAUGAAAGGACAGGAGGAAGCUGCUGGCAAGGUUCUUCAAAGGUUGAGAGCCCUCUCAGAUACAGUUGAGGAACUCACUCUGAUAAAAUCUUCCCUGAAAGAUGAAUAUCAGUAUAGUUUUUGGGAUCUGUUUCGUUCGAAGGACAACAUGAGGACCAGAGUAAUGAUAGGCCUAACACUGGUAUUUUUUGUACAAAUUACUGGCCAACCAAACAUAUUAUUCUAUGCAUCAACUGUUUUGAAAUCUGUUGGCUUCCAAAGCAAUGAGGCAGCUAGCCUAGCCUCCACUGGCGUUGGGGUUGUCAAGGUCAUCAGCACCGUCCCAGCCACGCUUCUUGUAGACCAUGUCGGGGCCAAAACCUUCCUCUGUGUUGGCUCUUCCGUGAUGGCAGCCUCAUUGGUGACCAUGGGCAUUGUGAAUCUCAACAUCCACAUGAACUUCACCAAUAUCUGCAGAAGCCAUAGUCUUAUCAACCAGUCCUUGGAUGAGUUGGUGUUUUAUGGAUCAAGAAACUUGUCAGCCAGCAAUGAAACUCUUAGAGAGCCCUUUAAGGGGAUCACUUCCCACAGCAGAAGCUCAUUAAUGCCCAGGAGAAAUGAUGUGGAUAAGAGAGGGGAGAUGACCUCAGCGUCCUUACUAAAUGCUGGACUGAGCCAAACUGAAUACCAGAUAGUCACAGACCCUGCGGAAGUCCGACCAUUUUUGAAAUGGCUAUCCUUGGCCAGCUUACUUGUUUAUGUUGCUGCUUUUUCAAUUGGUCUAGGACCAAUGCCCUGGCUGGUGCUCAGCGAGAUUUUUCCCGGUGGAAUCAGAGGUCGAGCCAUGGCUUUAACUUCAAGCAUGAACUGGGGCAUCAACCUCCUCAUCUCGCUGACAUUUUUGACUGUGACUGAUCUCAUUGGCCUGCCCUGGGUGUGCUUUAUCUAUGCGAUCAUGAGUCUCACAGCCCUGGGGUUCAUUGUUGUGUUUAUACCUGAGACCAAGGGAUGCUCUUUGGAACAAAUAUCAAUGGAACUGGCAAAAACGAACUAUGUGAAAAACAACAUUUGUUUUAUGAGUCAUGACCAAGAGGAAUUGGCGCCAAAAACACUCCAAAAAAGAAACCAUCAAGAGCAGCUCUUGGAGUAAAAGCUGUGUGGGGGGGGACAACCAAGGCAGUCUGGUCCAGAGACCUACUGGCCUCAAAACCUUAUAGAUGUUGAUACAGUAUAAGAACGUUUAGUACGGAGUCUUCAUACCAAUACAUGUUGACAAUGCCAUGUUUUGUCUUUAGUGUCAUGAAGUUAAUUUAUUAAAACCACCUUUAAUCUCCAUUCACAAUAGGUGAAUGAGGUAGAAGGCCCCAAGACUCUCUUUAUUAUUCUGAGCAGGAUACCAGGUAAAAAAAAUGCUGGCUGGUUCUACACUUGGCACCUUUUCACAGAGUAGCUUUGACAGACUGAACUAGGGAUACAAUCACCUUUGCCUUCAGUUGUGUAUGUAUAGAGUUGCGGUUUUAUCAUUCAGAUACAUAAGUGUCUAAACACAAGCUUGUGGUUUUUUGCCUACUAAGACUACUUGCACUGGGUCUUGUGUAAAAAAGAAUCAGAACACAAUGUGGACAAUUGCACAUACGUUCUACAUUAGGAGAGGGUGCUGGCUAGGCUUUUAGUGAUGAAUCCUAAUUACAGUUUAACAGGUUACAAACAUUAUGCAUCUUAUUUUAUGAAUUGUGAACUACAAUGUAAAGUACCUUUUGUGAAUUUCAUAUUAGCAUUAUAAAAUAAUGCGAAAAAUAAUUCUUUAAUGGCUGAGAAAAAUAAGCAUGUUCUCAUCCAUUUAAAAAAGAUGAAUAGAAAGGACAAUAUGAAAUUCCUGGGACCAUAUUUAUUUAGAAGUAGCUGUUAGUAAAACAUUAGGAGUCAGGCCAUUAGAUUACUUAUCCCAAUCUCUAAGCAAUUACAUUUGACUUUUCAAGCCAAGCUUAUAAAGUUCUCUUUGUAAGGCAUCCAUAACUUAAUAGUGAUCCGGUUUCCUGUAAUUAUUUGCACUCCUCAGGAUUAUCACUACCUCAGGUUAUGGCAUACAGGCUAUAAUCAAUGCUGACUUUCAGAUGAUUACAGCCAUAAUACCUGACAUUCAGACAUCAGGACAAUUGCUGUUCUUCUCUAUGCUGAAACAGAGAUCGCCGACUGCACCAGAAACUUGGGUUUCCACCCACACAAUGAGUUGCUCUCUUGUGCAUUUCUCCAGUUGACUUUUAAAACUUGGUGAAGCAUUUUACCUAUAGAAUUUAGAUAUGAUAGAAAACUACAGUGACGAAUCUCAAACCACUAAGUAGUAAUCCAUUACAUUACUAAUAUUCUAAGUUAUGGAAGACACUAAAAAAACUUAAUGAGCAACCUAACUUGAGAAUGAAUACAAAAAUAUGAUUAAUCUGAAGAAAAGAGAAUCCUGAGUCAAAAACAAGGACCCUUUUUAUUUAGCCUGGAAUUUUCCUCCUGGGAUGUAACAAACUGUCCCAAGCUUGCUAUAAGGGUAUAUGAUACUACAAUUCCUUGUAACAAAGUGGAAGACUAACUGUUGUAAGAAAUAGUAAAACUAGCCCGGCUGGCAUUGCUCAACAGUUGAGCACCAACCUAUGAACCAGGAGGUCACGGUUCAAUUCCCAGUGUGGGGCAUAUAGGAGGCAGCCAAUGAAUGAUUCUCUCUCAUCAUUGAUGUUUCUCUCCCCUUCCCUCUUUCUAUCUGAAAUCAAUAAAAAUAUAUUUUUAAAAAAGAGUAUUAAAAAAUAGUAAAACUAUAUUAUCAGAGACUCAGGAGAAUGUCUAACAGUCCUGGUUCUGAAAUGUACUCUCUCGAUUAAAACUGGCAGGGGAAGUUAUGAGGAAAAGAGAUUUGAGAUAAAUGACAUUCAGAAGACACUACUUGCGCUGGGUCUUGUGUAACAUUUCAUAUGCAAGUUAGAGCAUGCAUUGGUGUGGUUUUUUCCCCCCUCAUUUAUUUGUUUUGAAGAAGAGAAAGUGUGUUCUGUAGAGGAUAAAUUUAAGAAAUUUAUUAUAAAUCUUCAGUGGAAUUAUAUUGAGAUUUUAAAAAAUCAAGAUAGGUAAUCGAUAUAAAUUUUUGUGCUUUGACAAGCAUCACAGAAUAUAAGAUAUUUAACAAAAUUGUUAUGUUUUCUUUGAAAUUCAAAUGCUAUGUAUACUUUAGCUAUCUUGGUUUAGCCAUUCUUUGUUAACGGGCAGGAAACUGUUUAUCAACCUAUUUAUUAUGUUUAUUACUAGUGAUUUCAACUUCAGUAUCUUAAAAUGCUUUGUAAUAUUUUUCUUUUCUAUUGAGUCUAUAACUAAACAACUCUAUCUUCAAUCUAAUUUUCACCCAAUACACCGCCAAUCAGAGCUUUUUGAUUUUCAAAAAUAAAAGGGGAAAUACUUCGAAUUUGUA